CAACAACCACCCGUCAACAACAACCACCCGUCAACAACAACCACCCCGUCAACAACCACCCCGUUAACAACCACCCCGUCAACAACCACGACCAGUACGUCACCGCCCACAGCAGCAGGAGGAGGAGGGGGAGAGAGCCUACUGCCGAAGGAGUGUGGGUCGUCGGCAGUUGAUCCUGUUACUCGUGUUUACCAUGGAGAAAAUGCCACCCUGGGAGCCUACCCGUGGAUGGCAGCGUUGGGCUAUGACACUUACUUCUUCUCUGACGGCGUUCUGGAAUGGACGUGUGGUGGAGCUCUGAUAAACAACCAUUACAUCGUGACGGCGGCCCACUGCGUACAUCCUGACUUCACCUACGCUAAUAAACUGGAAAAGAUUAGACUCGGUGAACACAACUUGAACCAAAACCCAGAUUGUGUGGAUGUAGAGGGAAAGAAGGUGUGUUCAGCUCCAGUAGAGGAGUACACGUCCCAGGAGGUCACCAUCCACCCUAACUUCACCAGGCGGGGAGUGUACGAGACUGUGAGUGAUGACAUUGCUCUCAUCAGACUGGACAGAGAGGUGGUGUUCUCUGAGACUAUACACCCUAUCUGCUUGCCGGCGGUGGAUGAAAAGCCGCCCCAACUCGCGACAGUAGCUGGUUGGGGUAGCACAGAAGACGGUCAAGACGAAAAUAUCCUCCAGCAAGCCUCCUUACCUCACGUCACGCUCGACCAAUGCAACACUCUCUACAACAACACACUCUUGCCGGAACAGGUGUGUUACGGAGGAGGUGGACGUAGGGAUUCUUGUUACGGAGACUCUGGUUGUCCUGUCUUCUACCCUCGAGUGACUCAAGGCACCACUAACGUCCUGACUGGCAUCGUGUCCUUCGGAAAAUCACUGUGUGGCAUUGAGGGAGUGCCAGCUGUGUACACCAGAGUGGCCGCCUAUAGGCAGUGGAUCAUCAGCAAGUUGGCACCGUAGCUUGGCACUAAAGCCUGUGACUGUAGCCUGUCACUGUAGCUUGUCACUGCAGCCUGGUACUGAAGCCUGUCACUGCAGCCUGGUACUGAAGCCUGUCACUGCAGCCUGGUACUGAAGCCUGUCACUGUAGUCAGGCACUGAAGCGUGGCACCAUUAUCUUUCCUAUGUUAUAUAACUUAACAACAGUAAUACAGUGACAACAAUAGCAAAACGGUGACAACAGUAAACAGUGACAACAGUAAUACAGUGACAACAGUAAUACAGUGACAACAGUAAACAGUGACAACAGUAA